GCUAAUUUCACUGACGGUAUGAAGGUGUUUUGCCACCUGGUAGCUGCCAUCAAAGCAUGAUCAACAUUCAAAGUAGCAGCAUACCUGAGUUUUUGCUCGAUCUUCAAAGCUCUGUUGACGCACCGUAAACGAGCAUGAUGAUGUGUGUGUCCCUGCGUUGAUAUCCGCACCAUACUGACGGCAUUCCUCUCAUCGACAGGCGAUAGUUGGCCGGCCGUGACCUGAGGGGUCACCAGCUCCGCCGAGAUGGUGGUGUCGGAGAACCAGAUCAGCGACAUCAUGGGGGGCAUGCAGCAGGCCGCCGGCGUGCGGCUCAACAACCACAAACACAAGCUCAGGCACAGGUUUGAUAUAGUGAAGAAACUUGGCCAAGGAACUUACGGGAAGGUGCAGCUGGCUAUAAAUAAGGAGACGGGCCAGGAUGUCGCAAUUAAGACCAUCAAGAAGGCGAAGAUCGAGACUGAGAAAGACCUCAUCCGCAUUCGACGGGAGAUCCAGAUCAUGUCCUCGGUGACGCACCCACACAUUAUCCACAUAUAUGAAGUGUUUGAGAACCGCGACAAGAUGGUGCUGGUGAUGGAGUACGCGGCUGGCGGCGAGCUGUACGACUACCUCAGCGAGAAGAAGGUGCUGGCCGAGGGCGAGGCGCGCCGCAUCUUCCGGCAGGUGGCCAGCGCCUGCUACUACUGCCACAAGCACAAGAUUUGCCACCGAGAUCUCAAGCUGGAGAACAUCCUGCUGGAUGAGUACGGCAACGCAAAGAUCGCCGACUUCGGCCUGAGCAACGUGUUCGACGAGACUCGCCUGCUGUCGACGUACUGCGGCUCGCCGCUGUACGCGUCGCCGGAGAUCGUGCGCGGCACCCCGUACGUCGGGCCGGAGGUCGACUGCUGGUCACUCGGCGUGCUGCUCUACACGCUCGUCUACGGCGCCAUGCCCUUUGACGGCUCCAACUUCAAGAAACUGGUCAAGCAGAUCACGUCCGGGGACUUCUACGAGCCGCAGAAGAAGUCCCCGGCCUCCGAGCUGAUCCACGCGCUGCUGACGCCGGCGCCGGAGAAGCGGGCCAGCAUGAUGGACGUCUGUGGCCACCCGUGGGUCAACCAGGGCGAGGAGGUGCCCUGCCUGGAGGCGGCCGAGGAGCUGGCGCACCAGACACCGGUCCGGCUCGACCUGCUGCUCUCGCUGGCGCCGCAGGGACCCGACAUGGAGCACGUGCUGGUGCCGCCGCCGGAGGAGGGUGCUGUGCCGUCGGCGCCGGAGCCGUCCAAGGCGCAGUUCACGGCCUCCGACUCGCUGUCGCUGGGCAGCGCCAUGGAGGUGCGGGCCGCCUCGAGCCCUGCCGUGCCUCAGGCCCAAGAACCGGCACCAGAGCCGGCCGAGCCCGGCGCCGACAAGGCAGCCAAGCGAGCCCUGGACGAGGCGGAGGAGCAGGCGGCCCCGGGCGGCAAGACAGAGAAGACCAAGAAAAAGGCGGGAGAGAAGGCGGCGAAGAAGAAGAAGAAGCCGGAGGCGGCGGCGGUCGUCGAGCCCUCUGACGUGGUGAUGAGUGACGAUGCGGCGGCGGCUGAAGCAGCGCCUGCGGAGGCGGAGGCCCCGGCUGCGGGCGCUCAGGAGAUCACUCCAGGGGAGGACAAGACCGCGGAGCUCAAGCUCGGGCCCGAGAAACGAUCGCCGUCUCCGGUCGUCACGCCUCCGGAGGCGGAGACGCCUCGUCCAACACCAGCGCCGCCGCCAGAGGGCGGUGAGGAGGUGACGUCGGGGGCCGCUCCGGUUGAGCAGGAGCAGAGCACCGCUGGCGAUCAGUCGGAGGUGCCGACGGACGUUCAGGCGGCUCCGCGACCUCAAGUUCGCCGGGCGUCACCGUCCCCGGCGGCACCGGAGCCGUCGGCCGGCGCCGAAAAGCAGCCCGAGAGAGAGGUGGCCUCUACAAAAGCGCCAUCUGCCUCCGAUAGCCGUCUUUCGCCUUCGCUGAAGGAGGCAGUUGUAGCGCCCUCUUUGUCUACUGGGGAUGCUGCUGGCGUCAAAACUAGUCCUGCGAGAGAGACGAGCAGAGAAGCUGGCAAAUCUGUCCCGACGGCACCCGAAGAAGUAAAAACAGGCUUCGUCGGACGGUUGAAAGAGAAGGGGACAGUGAUUUCAAAACCGAAGGAAGAAAAUUCAGCCGAUCUAAAGCGGGAGAGAAGUCCUGUAGGUGCCAAGGACGAUGGUAAAGUGCAAGCAGGGAAACGUACUCCAGUUCUUGAAGAAAACAAGGUUGUGAAAGAGGAGACGAAAGAAAAGGCUGUGGAUGAUGAAAGGAAGGUGAAAGACAAGGUCGUCAAGCCUGAGGGAAAACUGAAGGAUACAGCGGUCAAGCCCGAAGACAAUGCGAAAAAUAAACUCGCUAAGCCCGAACAGAAGCCCAAGACCCAGGACACCAAGGUCAGACCGAGCCUGAAGAUGCCGGAGCGCAAGUCACCCGCUCGCUUCUCGGCGGACAGCGUGCCGUCAACGAUCCGCACCGCGCCCGCCGACGUGCGGCCGAUCGGGCCCACCUCGUCGCUGCGCUCGCUGCCCGAGCAGGACUCGUCCAGCGACGAGGAGGUGCGCGCGCCGUCGCCGCCACGCGAGCUCAUCCGCAAGUCGCCGCGCGAGUUCAUCAUCCCGAUCGCGCUGGAAGGCGGCGGUACGAUGACGCCGCCGGCGCGCGCGCAGUCGGUCGAGGCCGAGCGGGCCGACGGCGCCGGGCUGCUCCGCUCCCACCAGCUGUCUGGACAGCGUCGACUCGGACGGUGCUGCCGCCUGGCGGGGACUGGCAGAAGCCUGCUGGGAGACCGGGCCGCCAGGGAGGACGUCUGGGGCGCCCCCUGGGGCCUGCAGAGGCUCACUUCCAUGCGCUGCUUCGAUGACAGACCGCUGCCUGACCUGGUCGGCUGGCCCAUCGCCAGCAGCAGGCUGUCCCGGCCCAAGAUGGCGCCCUCGUCGGACAGCCUGAGCUCGGGCGGCGAAGACGACGACGAGGAUGACCAGUUCGAGAUCUUCACUGCCGAGUCGCUGUUCGGUUCUCUGAUGGAUCGCGUCAAGAACCUCAACAAGCGGAUGGACAUGGAGGACUCGCCCGCUAAGCGUUCGCUGCUGCUGAGCGACCCUCUGCGGCUGAACCAGCCUGGCUCGCCUCGUCAGCGGCUGCCAGGCCUCUGGGGCGUGCACGGUCAGGUCAGGUCGUUGUUCGACAAGCCUAUGACCUUCCCACGCGGCUCGCUGUUCGACCAGCCGCCCUUCGCCAGGCACUCGUCCUUUGGCUCCCAGCCGGCGGCGGAGAGCUCGGACAGCGGCAGCCAACACGAGGACGACGCGCCCGCCGCCGCCACCACCAAAACCAAAACCAUGGUCAAGAAGACGUCCACACCGAAAACACGCGUGGCCUCCGUGACAUUCAAGAUAGUGCCGAAGGGCGAUCAGUAGGCUGAUAUAGACAAAUACCACCCACCGCACCCCGGGCGAACAUGAUUCGACGUCCGCUGCCAAGAGGCUGGGCUCGUCGCCCUGUCCCCGCUUCGCAGCGGCCUGCUGCGAUGAGGCUGGUCCGAAGGUCGGCUUCCCCUGCACGGGUCGUAUCAUCGAAGCGGGUCGGAGGGUCGGCUUCCCCGGCACCAGCCGUGUCACCGGCUGGCAGAGCUGCGCGCUGCCGGGUCGCGCCCCACCGUCGUUGCCUUCGGUUUGUAGUGAACCGACACCGGUCAGCGGUCGGCACCGGCUCGCAAGCGACGCGUGCUCGCGUCCGACGCAGUCAGGCGGCGGCCCGGCGGGCGUGAGUCGGUCUCGCGCGCUGCUGUCCGGCGACGGACGCCGGCGCGCGGCUGAGACUGGGCCCAGGGGGUGACGGGUCCGGUAGCUGGCCAGGACGCGCGUGCAUCCACAGCGAGCUUGUGCCGGGCAUCCGGCGGGUUCUGCCUGUCUGAGGCUGGCCGACGCCGGCCUUAAGCCAACAAACGAUGCGCGAUGUGACUGUGACGUCAUGGGUGGGAGGGGUGGGGUUGGGGAGGGGAGCGUUCCGUUGGCAGCUGACGGUUAAAGGUCAGGGCAAUGCGGUUGACACGGUCAGACAGGAUGAUAAUCUGAUAAUCGUACAGCUGUGCUUUAAAGGUAAGAUGUGAGACAAUUUUGUUUGUUUUUUAGUUCAGGCUAUCGCGUGUCUGUAUGUCGGCGUACUAUUUUUAGGAACGUCGCGUCCUCUUUCGCCUCUGUUCAAACAUAGGGAGCCGCUUUUGGAGCGACUUGACCCACUUUGUUUGAAAGUGGCAUAGGCGUGUCAACGCACGCAUUAUGCCCACACAGAUAAAAUGGUCUGUUUUGUGUACAAAAUCGGUUGGUUGGUGCAUGUAGGCCUAUAGGUGGCAGUGAUCAAGCCCCAAGUGGGCCAGCCAUUAACACAGCAUAACACGCCCGUGUCCCAUACUUCCGCCCGGCGAGUGGAGUAGAAUAACACCAAGUGCUGUGCGUAUUUCUGAGAGCAGCACUGCGUCAGUGCCGACGGUGUCCUGGCGCGGACGACUGUGGGCCAGAGCGAUCGGCAUGUCUGGGACGACGCAGCGAUCUCGUCAGUAGGGGGACGGCUGCUGUUGUGCUGGCUCUGUUUGUCUAUACACUUGUGAUGAAUCCGUAUUGGCAUGUGCGUUAACCCGUCUGUUGUCAUUUGUUGAUUUUGAAAUAAAGACAUUCACGCCAAUGCCCUACUGUUUUGAUGUCCCUUCGCCGUCAGCGGAUCGCGACCGUUCGCAGCUUAGAUAAGACAGUAGUAUUAGCCUUAUUCUUCGGAAAACCGCGAGAAUGGAAAUAUAGUUGGGUUGAUAUUUCGGCAACGUGCCUUUAUCGACACAAAAGCAGGAGUGAAUUCACUUUCGCUUUUUCUGUGGCAACAUACCUUUAUCGAAACAAAA